CCCAUCGUUUAAUACUCAAUAUCAACAUCAUAGCUCACCAUCAUCAAGGGCCAUCUUUUUUUAUUCAUUUCAUUCACAUCCGUUUUCAUAUACCCAUUGAUUCAUAAUCACAUUCCACAAGGGAUAAUUACAUUCGUUACACAAUAGAAUAUCCCAAAUGUCAACUCCCAGAUCAAUAACAAUACCACUGUUCAUAGUGUUGAUAAUACCCCUUUAUUACUUCAUAAAUAGUUUCCAUUGGCAUUCACAUUCGUUUCCUCAAUAUUUAGAUAAAAGGGAUCAAAUAGAUUCAACAAAGAUAAUUAAUGAAAUUAUUAAAAAUUCCCAACAAGUUCAAAUAAAUAAGAUUGUGGAGAAAAGAGAUGAUAUAAAUGGGAAUAAUAGUUCAAGUGUUUUCUCAAGUUCAUCUUCAUCAUCAUCAAGUUUCAUUCCAAGUUCUUCUUCAUCAAGUGCUUUUUCUUCAAGUUUUGUAAGUAGUUCAUCAACUUCAUUAUUUGAUAGUUCAAGUUCAAGCGAGUGGAGCACAGCUAGUGCUUCUAGUUCAAGUUUAUUUGAAUCAAGUUCAUCAAGCUCAAGUUCAAGUUCAUCAACUUCACCAAGUUCAAGCUCAUCCAGCUCAUCAUCUUCAAGUUCAACCUCUCCAUCAUCAUCAUCAGAUCCAACAACCUCAUCUUCAUCUACAACAUCAUCAGACUCCAUAACAACAUCAACAUCCGCAUCCACUUCAAUAAACGACCAAACCACAAUAAUAAUCCAAAUAACCACAACAAUAACCAACGGUAAUGACCACACCACCUCUACAUCCCAUUCCACAGAGACCUCAACACCAACCUUAUCCUCAACAUCCACAAACGGUUCAAAUAACAGUGGUCAUUUAUCCCGCAAGAACAAAAACAUCAUUAUCGGAGUUGUUGUUGGGAUAGGUACACCAUUAAUCCUAGUGUUUUUAGGUAUAUUAUGGUUUAAAUAUAGAGGGAAGAAGAACUUCCUCAACAGUGAAGGAGAGAUUGUACAAAAGGAGAAAGGACCGGGAAAGAUGAUUGAUGAUGAAUAUUUCGAUGAUACUGUUGUCAAUGGAGAUCAUACAAAUGGAGAUUUGAUUGAUGAUGAUACUGUUGUUCAGAGAAAUGCUCCUGUUAAUCGUGCUGUUAAUUUUUAGAGAGAGAGUUGGGUUUUUUUUGCAUUGAGGUUUACAUGAAUAG